UAAAUAAAUAUAGAAUAACAAAUGGUGACUUCAUGUAGCAGAGUCUUCUUGAGAAGCUUUUAGUCAUUUUGCUGAAUAAGAAUAUUCUUGCCUUUCAUGAUACUUAAAAGUGCAUUCAUGCUGUAUGUCACUGAGUACUUUCUCGGGAAUUAGAUAAGCCAAGCUUAAAAGCCGAAUCUUAUAACUUUUUUUUGUGGUUUCUUUAAUAAGAGGAAAAUUUUUAUUAUAGUUCAUUCAGGAAAUUGUUUCCUCGCUUGUUGGUUGACUUUUGCAUGGGAGUCUCCACUUGUCUGUAUAUGCUCAUUAUAUUUCAUCUUAUCUAAAAGACUCCAGUCUCUUCCUGACCCCUCUACAUUUCCUUUGACUUGUCUGUUCGUUGUAUGUGUCUACCCCAUGUCCGCAUUGUGUGAAAGGGCCAAGGUUCAAGUAGAGGACUGCCUGUUAGGGUGAUGUGCAGCGGGAAAUGGUCCCUGGUACCUCCAGGAACUUUGAAAAAUGGCCAAAUGGGCUGUAGUGAGACUUAGCAGUGGAUGAAUGUUUUUCCAAGAAAAAUACAAAUAAGCCAGCUGGAUUGGUCAUUCCGUGUUGUGCCGCCUUGGUCUCGCCCUCAUGUUGGUGACCCAGGUAACUGCAGCUUUGUUGCAGGAUACAAAAGUAGACUGAAGGUAAGGUUCCAGCAUCUUAAAAUUUAAAUAUUUUGACAAAACCCUACGGAAGAUACUAAUCCUUCAAGAGGACGAGGUUGGCUGAUAUCAGAAGUCUGGAUUUUAUAUAAAGAUGCUAUGUGCCACACAUUCCUGGGCUUAUACAAUGUAAGCUGAAUAGAUGAUUUAGCAUGAAAGCUGCUAUUGUGAAAGUCUUCAGCACAUGAUGUUUGGAAAUGCAGUGCACAUUUAAGAACAUUAUAAGUUAUAAAUUUCAGUUAGGAGUGUCAAAAGUAAAGCACUGUCUACAGGUUCUCAUGCCAUCAUCUCUUUGAAUUCUGAAUGCUUAGAACAUAAAACUAUCUAUUACUUUCAGUGGAUGAUGUUGGCACUGUUUCUUCCAGUCAUUUUUAUGAAACUUAAUUUAAUUCAACACAGCAGUAUCCAGGAAUAUUACUUCCUCAUUCAAGAAGGAUAUCUAUAUUUUGUAAUUUAGGCAUCACGUUUGAAAGUAUAAUAUACAAGCAGCAUCUUAAAUUAUUAAUGUAGGCACAGUUUUCAUUGUUUCUGUAAUUGUAUCAUUACUUUUUCAUUACAUGUGACCUCCUCCUCUUAUAACAUGAAAGAAUAGCAAAAAAUUUGUUUGCUUUUAUCAGAGAUGCCUUGGAUCGUGAUGAUUCAUAAAUUAUGCACUCUCUUUUGUCUGUGAUGCCUUGUAAACUGUUAUUUUGCCUCAUAAGUAUUCAUAGACUGAAAUGUGUAUGCUGGUCAUUGCCUGCAUUUUGAAUGAGGUCUUCCUCAUAAUUUAAAAUUCCAGUUGUGUAGAUAAAAUAAUAGUUUUAAUUCUGCAUCUUCCUUGCUUUGGGAUAAUAUAAGGGGUCUAAUAAAAAUAUAUUAAGAGGUAUAAUAAUAUUAUGGUAUUCCUCAGUUAUUCUGUUCCAUGAUCUUAGUUAAGAAUCGUGUAAAUAAAAAGGGAUCACAAGAAAGAAAGACAAGUGGAAUUUAACUUUGACAGUUCACUAUUGAUUGUUUCAUGUUCCUGUAGAUCAGCAGAGUUUUCAAUUAUUUGUACAAUUCAUAUUUUUUUAUAGCAUCAAUUUUUCAUUUCUGUAAGAGAACCACAGUAGUUUAUGUUUGUUUAAGUCAUCGCAGUUCAGUGAUAUGUGGUAAAUUAUGCAUUGCCUUCCAUUACUGUUUCUUUGUCAAUGUCGGUAUUAUUUACUUUGUAUUCAUAAUUACCACAUGGUGCACGCAUUUAGAGUACAGUAAUUCUCACAAAAUAGAUUUUACAAUUUUAUGUACAAAAUAACAGUUUCAAUCCUGCCUUCUUACGUUUUCUAAGAAGUUUUUAAUGCACUUCAUGUAACAUCCUUGUUUACUGCAUACAUUGUCCAUGAUUUGAUUAUCAUAGUAUUAAUUGGUGAAUAGUUCAGAUUAUACAAGAAUAAUAAUGUUAAGCUGGAGAUAAGAGGGCUGUUGGAUGAAGCAUAAAUUUAUGGUCUUUCUUCUGUAUGUAGAUGUGCUUUAAUGCAAUUUUAAGAAGAGAUGAAACUUUUGAGUCUGAUAGUGUGCCUGCUCCUGGUAUUUAAUUUGAACAGGGCUCAUUCUUUGGCUAUUAAUGAUGGCAGUAUAACUCUGGUUACUUCAUUUAUGACCCAGAACCAUGUUGCAUCUGCAGUUGUUUAUACGUGUCUGAAGAAAGCAGAUAGCCUGCAGCUAAUUACAGUUUGUUCCACUCGAGGACUGCGUACACAGAUUCACAUGCCAGACUCCGAGUCAGAUAUGCCCUUGUUGCUGAGCACCAGCUACUAUCCAGUAGCUGUGAUAGUUGAUCUGGAGUGUGAAGGAAGCGGACAGUUACUGCAAAUGGCAUGCAGUCAACACAUGUUCAGCAGACUGCACUACUGGCUGCUCGUGUCAGGAGAGGAGCUGUCGUCAGCUUCAGUGCUGGAACAGUUGUACCUGCCUCUGGACAGCCAUGUGACUGUGGCACGUGUAGCAUCUCGAUACAACCAGACAGCACUAUGGGAUAUUUACCAUGUUGGAGUUGGUCAGUCCCUAACAGUCACUACUACUCGCUACUGGACCCCGGGACUGGAGCUCCCGGCAGCACCCCCACGGACUGACUAUGGAGGGAUAACUAUUCCAACUGUCACUGUGCUGGUACAAGGCACGUGGGAAAAUUUCCUGGACUUUCAGUACAGACACAUCAACACAGAGAGCAAGGUUCAGUACAUACUCAUGGGCCACAUUGCUACAAUGCUGAAUUUUAGGAUGAAGGAGUGCUUGACAAACACAUGGGGUUAUCCCAUAAAUGGCUCAGAAUGUUUCAAUGGGGCAGUAGGAUUGCUGCAGUGUGGUGGCUGCGAGAUCGGCGCCACUGGACUCCUGUUUAAGAAAGAGCGCUUAUCAGUGAUUGAUUAUGCUGGAGAGACAAUCACAUUUAGGGGUGCCUUCAUGUUUCUAAAGCCGUCACUGUCUGAGGUGUCAGUGAUAUAUGAGUUGCCCUUUGACACCUCAGUGUGGAUUACUUACAGCGUGUCUGUGGCUAUAUUGACGUUGGUUUUGAUGUUCACCCGACGGGUGUAUCAACAUGUAAAUCCAUCAGCAUCAUCUGAUUCUCAAAUUGGAUGGGGUGAUAGCAUUAUGGACUCAUUGGCCGUUGUGUGUCAGCAAGAUGCUUUGCACAACCCCAGAAACCUCUCAUCAAGAAUUGUGUUCUUCUUCAUGCUGAUCCUCACAGUUUUCCUCAUUACUUCUUAUUCUGCAACUAUUGUAUCACUUUUACAGACUUCAAGCAACGCAAUCAACACGAUGCAGGAUCUCAUGAAAAGUCCUCUGAAACUAAGUAUGAUCGAUAUUUUUGUAAAUGAAACAACAGAUCCUGAAGUGGCAAAGGUUUUCAAAGAGAAGUUAUAUACGCAGCCAUUUAAAGAAGCAUUUACUACUGAGGAUGUUGGAAUGGAGAAAAUACGAAGAGGAUUGUAUGCCUACCAUGGGCUUUCUGGGGCAUAUAAAAUUAUUAGUGAUACAUAUGAAGAUCAUGAAAAGUGCAGAUUUAAGGAGGUGGUUAUGUUCACAUCCCUACACCUCUGUUUAACAGCAAGGAAGGGAUCUCCUUACAUUCCGCAUGUCAAAGAGAGGACGUGCUGGCUGCGAGAGAUUGGCCUAAUUGACCGUGAAGACAAACGUUGGUUCUACCAUAAACCCAAAUGUGAAACGGCUGGGCAGAACUUUGUCAGUGUAGGUAUCCAGGAAUUUUAUCCUGUGCUUGUGGUACUGGCAUAUGGUAUUGUUGGCUCUGUUGGAGCUUUAAUAAUAGAGAUACUGUUCUUCAAGAGACAGCAAAUAAAUUGUGCUUUAGACUUUACCAACAAUGUCACUGUCAUGCACAAGGAUGGGAACUAAACAGGUAGACCAUUGUAAGGUACCAGAUUUACUGAUAGAGUGAUAUUAUAGAUAAGUGUAUUGUAAUUAUAGUUGUUUGUGAUUAUAAAAUGUAAUUGCUAAGGAAUUGUUAAUAGUGUAAUUAUGUACGUGAAUAGUUCUGUUAUAUCGUAUUUUGUUCUUUGUUAUAUUUCUGUAACAAUGCUGUGUCUGUAGGUACUUUCUGAGUGUGAUGUAAUGUACCUUGACUUUGCACAUCCAUAGGUACUAGGAUCUAUAGAAUGCAUGUCUCCUUCUUGUAAAACUUUCCAUCACUAUCACAAUAUUGUGCUAUUCCCCAUGCUUUUUCUUUACACAGUUCCGCAUUUUCUCCUUAUUUCUUUUCCAUACAUUGUUUCCCUUUCCAUGAGUACCAACUUCAGGGAACCCAACCUGUUGUUUCUUUGCUAUAUCCAGAAUGAAUUUUUUACAAGUGUGUUUUCAGCAUCUGUUCAAAGAGCCAUUUUGAGUUUUUCUGUACAUUUUGCCAAGAUUAAUCAGAGAAUACAUUCUUAUUACUUUAUAAAGAAUUUGUAACAAUGAA